AUGUCUAGUCAGCGUCUUGUCCUAGGCCUCCCACGUGUCUUGCCGUCGCUGCCGCCUUCGCCUGCGCCGCCGUGUCGUCCCUGCGUCGAGGGUAGGCUGCGCGCCACCCCUCACUCCUCCUCCCUUCGUCCGGCCACCGAGCCUUUUGAGACGCUUCACUUGGACGUCUGGGGCCCAGCCCCUCGUCUAGGCCCUGAGCGUGAGCGUUACUUUCGGGUGGUCGUUGACGACUUCUCCCGCUACACCACAGUGUUCCCUCUGGCGAAGAAGUCUGAGGUGACUUCUACGCUGAUCAGGUGGUUACUCACCACUGAGGACACUCGUGGUCGUCGUGUCAGCUGUCUCCACUCCGACCGUGGGGGUGAGUUUCGCUCCGGCAUUCUCGCUGGAUUCUGUCGCGAGCAGGGCAUUCGUCAGUCCUGGACGCUUCCAGAGUCCCCACAGCAGAAUGGGGUUGCUGAGCGCCGCAUAGGCCUGGUCAUGGAGAUCGCCCGCACCUCCCUGACUCACGCCUGUGCCCCCCAUUUUCUGUGGCCCUACGCGGUCAGGUACGCCGCGCACCAGCUGAACCUCUGGCCACGUGUCUCUCGACCAGAGGUUUCACCGACCAGUCUUUGGACAGGGUCCCCUGGUGUUGCGUCGCGGUUUCGUGUCUGGGGGUGCUUGGCUCUUGUCCGCGACACCUCCGCGGACAAGCUCUCGCCUCGUGCCGUCCCCUGUGUCUUCCUUGGUUUCCCUGAGGACUCCUCUGACUUCACCUUUUACCACCCUCCCUCUCACCGGUUCUUUGACUCCCGUGACGUCCGUUUCGAGGAGUCCACUCCGUACUACGUCAGGUACCCCAGUCGAGGUCUCUCGGUUCCUCCUCCCCCCCUCUUCCUGACUGCCGUUCCCCCUCCUGCUCCCCCGGUACAGCCUCCCCCCCCUGGUCCAGCCCCGUCAGGUGUGUCCCAGGCUACCCCUCCUCCUUCGGUAGCCCCUCCGGUACAGCCUCCCUCCCCACAGUCCUCCUCGCAGCGUGCCGCUGGUGCUAGCUCUCGAGAGGUUGGUGCGGCGCCUGUUCCUGUACCGGUUUCUGGUUCUGGGGGUGCUGGAGUUGGAGCUGGAGUUGGAGCUGGAGUUGGCACUGGAGUUUCUGGUUCUGGGGGUGCUGGGGUUGGAGCUGGAGUUUCUGGUUCUGGAGUUGGAGCUGACCCGGUGGGUGCAGAGGACUCUUGUCGUCCGGAAGCUAGUGCUGGCCGCGCGGACACUGGGGGUGCUGCGUCUGGGGGUGAGGGUGCGCCUCCUUCGGGUUCAGGUGAGCCUGGGUCUGGAGCUGGUGUUAGUGCUGCCUCUGGGGGUGGUGCGCCUAGUUCUUCUGGGGUGGACUCUGGAGCUGCCGCUGCUUCGGACACUACUCCACCCCCCCACCCCUACCCGACUAGGCAUCAGGCUCGUGUUCGCCGUGCCCGUGACGAGCAGCUGGCGUUGGAGAGAGAGGAGAGGGAGUUACAGCGGCUGGAGGAGCAGCAGCAGCAGCUGGACCCGCAGGAGCAGCAGUCCCAGCAGCAGCCGCUUCCGCAGCAGCAGCAGUCGCAGCCGCAGCAGCAGCAGCAGCCACUUCCUCCUCCUGUCUCGGGUCUUCGGAUCCUUGGUCUCCCCUCCCCUUCUCCUCCCUCCUCCGCCUCUCCUCCUGUCUACGGUCCCACGUUUCCUCCUCCUGACUCCUCCCCCGCUGUUUUCCCCCAGUUCUCCGCCCUUGUCCUCUUCUCCUCCGUCUCGUUCUUGGGCUACUCGUCGCUCCCCUCUCCACCUCGUCCGUCUCAGUCUGUGCUUCCGUCUCCUCCUGAUUCGGCCCUCACUGUGUCGCUCCCUACUCCUGUCACUGACUACUACCGCACGUACCGUCCUGUUCUCUCUCGUGUUCUCGCCUCUCUUGUUACUCACCCUCGUGCCUCUGUGUCCUCUGUGUCCGCUCUUACUGCCGCAGUUACUGACUUUGCCUCUACCCGCCGCCUUGACUACGCCACCACGCUUGUGGCUGCUCCUCCUACCAGUCCUCUGGCCGUCGGGGGUGUGUCUGCCGUUGGCUGUGACGCCCUAGAGGACAGGCAGUUUGAGCUAGAGUUCCUGGCGGCCGCUUCCCCUCAUCUCUGUGCCAUGCUCCUCGCCCCUGAGGGUGACCCCGACGCCCUUGACAUUCCGACUCCUCGCACUUACGUCGAGGCAGUGGUGAAGCGGCCACCGGGAUCUCCCCCGGUCUUCAAGGCGCGCUACGUGGCUAGAGGUUUCAGUCAGCGCGAGGGAGUUGACUUCUUUCAGACCUUCGCACCUACCCCGAAGAUGACCACUCUUCGGGUGUUACUACACGUAGCAGCACAGAGAGACUACGAGUUACACUCUCUCGACUUCUCCACUGCUUUCCUUCAGGGCAAGCCUACACGAGGAGGUCUGGUUGCGUCGUCCCUCGGCCUUCACUGGCACCUUCCCUCCUGGGACCCACCGUCUUCUGCCGACCCAUCGCUGUUCGUUCGUCGUGGCUCCACACCGUUCUUUGUUCUGGUUUACGUCGACGACCUCGUUUUCGCCACUCCGGACAGGGUUGCUUUGGCAGACGUGAAGUCCGAACUGCAGAAGAGACACACGUGCACUGAUCUUGGUGAGCUGCGCCACUACCUUGGCCUGCAGAUCACCAGGGACAGAGCCGCUCGCACCAUUACACUCUCACAGUCACACAUGGUGCAGCAGGUCCUUCAGCGGUUCGGGCUUCAGCACUCCACCGUACAGCGCACACCUCUCGCUGUUGACCACAGACUCACUGGUCCCUUUCCUGACGAGCCGUUUGAGCCUAGUGGUCCCUACGCAGAGCUUGUGGGUUGCCUCAUGUACCUGAUGACUUGUACUCGCCCGGACCUCGCCUUCCCUCUCAGCAUCCUUGCGCGCUUUGUUGCACCAGGGAGACACCGUCCUGUUCACUGGACGGCAGCUGUGAGGGUGGCGAAGUACCUAGCGACUACAUCAGGCGUGGGGCUAGUUCUUGGAGGGCAGCAGUCUGUCGUACUCACUGGUCACUGUGACUCCUCUUACGCUGACGACGCUGAGACUCACAGGUCUACUCAGGGGUACUGUUUCAGUCUGGGUUCUGGAGCUGUUUCCUGGCGUUCCACGCGCUCCUCUUCUGUCUCGACCUCUACAGCUGAGGCUGAGAUUUACGCUGGUGCCAUGGCGGCACAGGAGUUGCGGUGGUUGACCUUCUUGCUCGCCGACCUUGGUGAGCGGCCGAGCUCUGCACCGACCUUGUUUACUGACAACAAGGCGUCGAUCCUCCUCUGUCGUGAGCCGCGACUGGAGAGCAGAGUGAAGCAGAUUCACGUCAGGUACUUUCUUCUGCGAGAGUUGCAGAGGCGUGGACAGGCUCGCUUCGAGUUUGUAGAGUCCGAGGCCAACACUGCAGACAUCUUCACCAAGGCGCUUCCGCCUCGUGACCACCAGAGAUGUUGUGUGCAGUUAGGCCUUGUUGACACAGGUUCUAGUCAUGUGUAG